GUGGGUGCUUGGGACGGGAUACGUCCGUAUUCCUUUUUUCCUGUUCAGCGAAGCAAGGUAGAAUUUUUGCAUUGUUGGGAGCUGACACGCCAUAAGCUCUACCUGCUGUUGGCCACAUCGUGACCAGUGUUGGGUGUGAUAUCCCAUGAUUUGGAGCGUUCUCGGUGACGAAGUGAGUUUUGUGACUUCGGUAACAUAUAUCAAAGUUAAGUUGACGGCAGUAGUUACUCCAGUAUGGCUUGUUUGUUUCCGUGUUGUCGUGGUGGGCCUGACGAUGUCGAAGAUGGUCCGGGCAAUGGGAUGAAAGAGGCGUCGUCAGAGGACAACUUGGCCGGUGCACACACCCACUAUAAGAUCCUGGUUAAGACUGGGGAUCUAAAAGGCGCUGGUACGGAUGCCAACAUCUACAUCAUCCUCCACAACGAAAACCAAGUCACCUCUAAGAAGAUCAAGUUGGAUAGGCUCUUCCACGAUGACUUCGAGAGAGGCAAGACCGAUGAAUUUAAGGCCAAGCUUCCCUCUGAUUUCGGUGCCGUGCAUGAGAUCGAGCUGUGGCGUGACGAACACGGCGCAUUCGACCCUUGGUACCUGGAGAAAGUCGACAUCUACGAGAAACCGAAAGACGGAGCAGAGAAGGGUCCUUACGAGUUCCCCAUCCAUCGGUGGAUUCCUGGCAAGAAGAGUGUCAUCUUUUGCCAGUAUGAUUCUCUCUUGCCUCAGCAGGAUCCUCGCAAGGAGACCCAACGCAAGGAAGAGUUGGAUGAAAUUAAGAAGAUUUAUCAGUUCAAGAGCCAAGCUCCAGAUGUAGGUCUUCCUUGCCAGGUUGCCGCUCUACCCAGUGAUGAGAAAUUCUCCUUUGAUUAUUUGUUCGAUAUUGCCAAGCGGAAGGCUAACCUCCUCCUGCAAAGCAAACUGUCCAAGAUUUUCACCGGCAAAUGGGAAAGUCUGGAUGACCUCAGUAAUGUCUAUCACGGAAAAUUCCCCAAACCUGCCGGAAUGCACAUGUGGCGAUCUGACAUUGAGUUCGGACUGCAGCGUCUUAUCAGAUGCAACCCAACCCAGCUUAAACUCUUCACGGAAGUCCCAGAGAAGUUUGGAGUGACAGAUGAAUUGGUUGCACCCUUCCUGGAAGGCAUGACCAUCCAAGAAGCGAUCGAGAAGAAGAAGCUCUACUACGUCGAUUAUGAGAUCCUGCUGAAGCUGCCUGUCAAGCAGGGAACACCGGUCGUUUCUCCGAUUGGACUGUUCUUUGUGGACAAAGACAAGCAUCUUAUCCCAGUGGCCCUCCAACUUGAGCAGCAGAAAGCACCUGAUAACCCGAUCUUUGUCCCUAGCGACCCUGAGUACACCUGGCUUCUAGCCAAGAUGUGGUUCAACUUUGCGGAUGCGUCCUACCACCAAUCCGCCACCCAUCUGGGUCUGACCCAUCUGGCCAUGGAGUCCGUGGCAGCCACCAUGCACUACUCUCUCUCACCGUCACAUCCACUCUUCCGGCUGCUGGCACCGCACUUCCUGUUCCUCAUGGCCAUCAACAGCCGAGGUCUCGCUCUUCUGAUUUCGGUCGAUGGCUGGGUCGACAAGACCAUGAACAUCGGUCGUGAUGGCAUGUUCGACCUCAUCGGCCGUGCCUUCAAAAAAUGGCGGCUGAACGUUGAGGGCACCCUCCCCAAUGACCUGAAGAAUCGUGGGGUCGAUGACACGGAAGCACUCCCCAACUACCAUUAUCGCGAUGACGCCCUCUUGAUUUACGAUGCGAUGAAGAAAUAUGUCACAGAGGUUGUUGAAGCACAUUAUGAGACUCCUGAGAUGAUAGUUGAAGACUAUGAGCUCCAGGAAUGGGGGCGUUUGAUGAACACGCCCCAAGACGAGGGAGGAGUAGGAGUACAGGGCGUGCCAGCGGACGGCAAGUUUGCCACCGUCGAAGACGUGAUCAGCACCAUCACACCCAUCAUGUUCACCUGCAGCGUGUCUCACGGGGUGGCCAAUUUCUCCCAGUAUGACGACUAUGCCUUCCCGCCUCACUACCCAGCUGGUAUGAGGAUGCCUCCACCCACAGAUAAGUCCCCACGCACUGAGAAGGACAUCUUGGACAAUCUUCCAGACAAGAACGUGACCGUUGACGUCAUGACUGUGACGCGUCUGCUCAGUGAGAAAGCCACCAAAAGCCUGGGUGAUUUCGAAGUCCAGUACGGAUUCUGUCCAAUUGCCGUCAAGGCUCUCGAAGAGUUCAGGAAGGAACUCAAACACAUCGGAAUCAUGAUUGACGAGCGCAACAGGUACAGAGAAUUCCCCUACGAUUACUGCCACCCUAACGAGGUCCCAAAUGCCAUCAGUAUCUAAUUACGAAUACCGUAAACUCCAUAGAGUAGCCUACAGUGAGAUGACAUGAACGGGGCAUGGCUACAGUAAAACAAAUAUACAUGUAUUAUCAUUAAAUCGCUGAAACGUAGUACAAUGUAAUGUCUUUAAGACUAUAGCCGUAUACAUUGUAAAUUUUAUUGGGAUUUUAUUAUACGUAAAUAUCAGUAUUUUGCCGAGUUUGAGGACUAUCAAAAUUUCUGCAUGUAGGACUAUUUAGGCUUUCGUUUUUUUUCCAGCGGGCAAAGGGUCAAGAAUUGAAACAUUUUCAUGUUUCCACAUUAUUAACAAAACACAUGACAUCACAAAGCCUGUAAAUAUUGCAUGUAUAAAUUGAUUUGAGGUUUAAAUAAUUGAUUAAAUUAGUGUAUGCUGUUACAUGUAUUUCCACAAGAACGUUUACAGACAGUGAUUAUUAAUGUGCACAUUUAUACUCCGUAAAUUUCUGUAGUACCAUGCAGAAACCAUUACUGGCGAGUUCGGUAUUUAUCUAAUAUCGUUCACUGUAUUUUGUGUUGCACUAAACUCGUAUUUGGAAGCUUAGAUUUACUAUUAUUAAUUGUAAUGCACCGUUACUAUUGGUAUGGUUAAUUUGCCUAGAGUACUUUUUGUUUACGUUUUUGCAUAUUUUCGAUAUCUUGCACUUAUAAACUCCUGUUUAAUUGGCAUAGUACAAUGAAUUAAGCCUAUAGUUAUGACAUUGUUUGUUGACUGAACAUAAUUUCAUCCUAUGAAAUAGUUUAACAUUUUGUUGUCUUGACUGGAAAUGGAAAAUUUGUCAUGUUUGUUGGUUACACUAUCUUUACAGAUAUUUAGUUUUUUUGUAUGUUGCUAUUUUUGUACCACAAUGUUUUAUAAGCGUUACAGUAUUAUUUUUGUAUUGUUUUUUUUUGGGAAAAAGGGUGUAGUUAUCUGCGAAUCUUUAGAUUUUUUUGAUCCAUUUCUUAGAGUAUUUUGCAGGUUAUUUUUAUACACGUAGUUUUUCUUGAAAGCCACGUGAUGAAAGUAUAGUUUCGCACAUAUCCACCUCAAGUAUAUCGAAUACACCUGUAGAAGCGUUGAAAGCUUAAAAUUUCAUGGAUCGAAUGAUGAACACUGCAUGAGGUUCUUUGAAAUAACACAUUUUUUUUACACCGUUGAUAGAUUAUUGUGGCACCCGGGUGUCUAUUUUGGUUGCAAAUAAAACUUGCUUUUGCAGAUCGGGAAUAAUGGUUA